CCAGCAUGGCCGCCUGCUCGUCAUACACCAUGAACCAUUUCGCAUAACUCCUACUCUGCUGACAGGACUUGUGCCGUACCACCACAUUUGGACCAGGCCGUGUUCCCAGAUUCGCCUACGGAGGGAACGGCCAGCCGCGCCACCACGACAGCAACGUUUUCAUGCGCCCCUUUCGGUAUGUCGGCAUCCUGAGCGCCCUUGCCAGGAUUGCGAUUGCCGACGACCAAACCGAAUGCAACCCGUUAAACAAUACAUGUCCCGCCGACCCGGCGUUGGGCACCGAGCACACCUGGUGGUUCAACUCCACACUGGAUGAGAAGCUGUGGAAUAUGACCACCGGGGUCCCGACAUAUACUUCGGAAGGGGCGGAGUUUCCGAUCAAGACAGAAAACGGGUCGACUUUGUUACAGUCCAACUUCUACAUUUUCUUCGGUGUCAUGGAGGCGCACGUGAAGAUGGCCAAGGGCGCCGGCAUCAUCAGCAGUGUGAUUCUCCAGUCGGACGACUUGGACGAGAUCGACUGGGAAUGGGUCGGAUACAAUACCAGCUCAGUGCAGUCCGACUUCUUUGGUAAGGGCAAUACGACCACGAGUGACCGCGGGGGGUUCCAUGCCGUGGCCAACGCCGAUACGGAGUUCCAUAACUACACCUCCUACUGGGACAAAGACCGCCUGGAAUGGUGGAUUGAUAACGAAUUGGUGCGCACGGUCAACUACUCGGAACCCUUGACCGUCUACGGCAAGAACUAUCCACAAACUCCGUGUCGAGUCAAAGUCAGUAAUUGGCCGGUGGGCAUUGCGUCCCAGUCGAUUGGAAAUAUCGAGUGGGGCGGCGGUCUGGUGAACUGGACCAAUCUCCCCUUCACAAUGACGGUGCAGAGGAUUCGCGUUCAGGACUUUCAUUCGGGUAAAGAGUAUACAUAUUCCGGACACUCGGGCUCAUACGAAAGUAUCAAUGUCGUCAGUGGCAACUCAACCGCGAAAACGGAGAUCAACAAGAAGCCGACCAAAACUCUCGCUCAAAAAUGGGAUGACUUGGGCAAGGCGGCCCAUAUCGGCAUGUAUUGCGGGGCUGCUGCUGCUGGAGUGCUUAUCGUGGCAGCAUUCGCAAUGUGGUGCGUCCGGCAACGUCGAAAAGGUCGUCUCGAGCGUGGCCUCGCCGAAGGUCCGCCGACUACGUCCAAGCCAAUCGAGAUGGAAGACUACAAGAAACGAUGGAGACAAAGCGACUGGGCGCAUCGUGGCUAUCAAGCCGUUGACCAAUAGAUUGUAUAGUUGUUGAAAGUCUUGUAUUUGAAAGGCUGAAGCAAUAUAAUAGCCAUAGAUACUACGUUAUACCUACGCCUUUGAGAGCAUGGAACGGCGAUGAUAGAACCAUGUCCCUCUCGAUUCCUAACAGUCUGGAUACGGGACAUAACCCAGAUUAGGGUCUGGCAAGCUUUCUGGC